AAGGGGGUUCGCACCAUCCCCGACCGUUGCGCGAGCUUUUUACCAAGCACUUUCCAAAAGUGGCGGGUGGCAACGUCACCACUUUAAAUAGCCAACCCACCCUGCAGCUACCUCGACUGUGUACACCAGGCUGCUGCUCCAGCAAACAACCACACCUUUGCUCUCCCCUCUCCCUCUCCCUCUCCCUCCCCACAUGCCCCCUUCCGCGCAGCAUCUUCCCUCGAGAUGCGUCUGUGGGGUGAGACACGCCUCUGGCGUGCCGCCGCCGCCGUCGGCCUGUGCAUAGUCAACGCUCUCUUCCUCUUCUGGUUCCUGCGCAAACAACCCGAUCACCUCGUCGCUUUCCAAACAGUCCCCUACUCCCCCUACCCCCGAUACAACUCCGCGUCGUGGCUCCGGCGAUGGCGAGGCGAACAUGUGUCCUGCGAAGGCCCGCGUGGCAAGCUGCUGAACCAGAGCGCCCACGACUGGGUGCGCGCCCGCAUCGUCUCGCCCGACUCUUACCCGCAACCCUUACUCGGCGACUCGGAAGUCUUCGGGGUCCAGGACGGCGUUUGCUUUGAUAGCUACGACCGCCUCGCGCCGUAUGGCUUCGAGCCGGAAGAGACGGAUAAGCCUGCUGUGGACUGGGAUUCGGUGCCGUGGGCGGAGCUGCAAGAGCGCUGCAUAGACCAGAAUCGAGAGCGUUUCCACCCGGAAGCCAGAGCGUCGAAGACUGCGAGAAUGCCCGCCCAAUCCACCGCCAUUCCUGCCGACUCGAUGCAGUCGCCGCUGCAGAGGACGCCGUCGAAGACGUCUGCGAAAUACCACCACCGCACUGCAUUGCUCCUCCGCACGUGGACGGGCUAUAAAUACCGUCCAAACGACUUGCACACCAUCCGCGCACUCAUCACCGAGCUCAGCUUGCUUUCCGGCGGCGAGUACGAAGUCUUUCUCCUGGUGAAUGUCAAGGAGCACUCCAAGUUCUGGAAGCAGCCAGAGGAAUACCAGCGCCUUCUCGACGAGCACGUCCCGCGAGAAUUCCACAACAUCAGCCUCCUCUGGAGCGAGCUCCCGCUGCUGCGGAACUGGUAUCCCGAGGUUGGCGACUGGCAGAACUACUGGCACCAGUUCAUGGUCCUGCAGUGGUUCUCCAAGACGCAUCCGGAGUUCGACUACAUCUGGAACUGGGAGAUGGACGCUCGCUUCAUCGGCAACCCCUACCACUUGUUCGAACAGGCCGCGAGGUAUGCCAAAGCGGCGCCGAGGAAGUACCUGUGGGAGCGCAAUGCUCGCUUCUACGUCCCCGGCGCACACGGAAACUUCCAGGAGUGGCUCAACGACACCCACACCACCAUUGAAACGGCCGCGCGAGACGGCAAGUUGGAGCCAGUAUGGGGGCCUCUUCCCUACAAUGCCUCCCUCCAAAGCCCUAUCGGUCCGGCACCUCCUCGCUCACUGGAAGAAGACAACUUCACCUGGGGCGUAGGCGAAGAAGCUGACCUCAUCACACUUUUGCCCAUGUGGGAUCCAGUCCACACGGCAUGGACGUACCGCGACAAGAUCUGGAAUUUCCUGCCCGGCAUACGCCCACACUUCAGCCAAGCCGACACGAUCGCGCGCUACUUCCACCACGCCGAGUUCGCCAAGAUCCCCCGGCGCACCUUCAUCAACACCGUGGCCCGCUUCUCGCGAAGACAGUUGCACGCCAUGCAUCUGGAGAACGUGGCCGGCCGCACAAUGCAGGCCGAAAUGUGGCCGGCGACGGUGGCGCUACACCACGGGCUGAAGGCGGUGUACGCGCCGCAUCCCAUCUGGGGCGACGCCAACUACGACGUCCACGCGGUGGACGACGUGUUCAACGCGAACGACAACAAGCCGGCGCGGUGGAGCUCCCAGCGCGACUCGGUGUACAACCGCGACCGCGAGGGGUACUUCGGCCCCUUUACGUGGUUCUACAACGCCCGCUACCCGCGAGAGCUGUACCGCCGAUGGCUGGGCUACGAAUCCAUCAAGGGCACACAGGACGACGGCGAGCGCUGGCCCAUGGGCGAGCGGAACACGCUGUGUCUGCCGGCUAUGCUGCUGCAUCCUGUGAAGCACGUGGAGGGCGAGGACGAGGAGUAGUGCUGGGGCGAUGUGCAUUCUCAGCACUACCCGGAGGCCUCUCAUGAAUCACGAAUGCAACGACUCAACUGGUAAUAGACGAGCGGCGCCAAGGCUUUGCGAUCCGGUCGAUUUCCUUUUUUCCAUCAGCAAGCGAGUUCUGUCCCAGUACUUGUUGACUCGGAUGAGUCAGACGGUUAAUACCAACAUCCAUUCGAUUCGGUGCAGUCGCUGUUCUUUAAAACAUACCUAUGUAUUUAAUAGUAUCGAAAAGAAAAGUGCAAAUCUGACUCGUCCUCAACCUCAUCCACGACCCA